AUGGGGGAGAAGUCGCCGCUGCUGGACGGCCAGCAAAAGCCCCGCGGCCAGCACGCGCUGGCCACCGAGGCCGACGUGGACGUGGCCGCCGAGUUCUGGGGGCUCACGUGGAUGGCGCUGCAGGUGUCGCUCUCGACCUUCGCGCGCAUCGCGCUCAUCUCGGUGGACAGCGCGUUUCUGGGCCACCUGGGCACGGCCUCGCUGGCCGCGGCGUCGCUGGCCUCGACCUGGACGAACGUGCCGCUGGCCGGCGUGUGGUCGGGCGCCACGGCGCUCGUGACGCUCUGCGGCCAGGCCUGGGGCGCCAAGAACGGCGAGCUCACGGGCAUCUGGCUGCAGAUCGGGCUCGUCGUCGUGUCCGUGCUGUCGGUGCCCGUCAUGCUCUGGUACUGGAGCAUCGGCUACCUGCUCGAGUUUUCCACGGACGACGAGGAGGUCGUGCGCCUCGGCGUGCGGUUCGCGCGCAUCCUGUCGCUGAGCAUCUGGCCGUCGCUCAUCUACGCGUGCGUGCGGCUCUACUUCCAGUCCAUGGGCAUCAUGUCGCCCGUCACGGUCGUGGGCACGCUGUCCAUCGGCGUGGCGUGCGCGGCCAACUACGUGCUCAUCUUCGGGUCCUUCGGCUGGGGCGGCCUGGGCUUCGACGGCUCGCCCAUGGCCACGGUCAUCGCGGCCUGGUUCCAGCCCCUCGCGCUCAUCUCGUACUGCAUCUGGUACAAGAAGAUGCACCUGCAGGCCUGGGGCGGCUGGGACUUGAAGGCCUUCACGCCCGACCGACUCCAGGUCUUCUUCAACAUCGCGGGCCCCGUGGCGGCCAACAGCAUGGUCUCCAACCUGGCCAACUCGGCGCUCACGCUCGUGGCCGCGCGCCUCGGCUCGGACGUUAUUGCUGCCAACGCGGUCAUCUCCGGCCUGUGGUCGCUGCUGUGGGCGCUGUUCUGGGGCUUCGGCUCGGCCACGCAGAUCCGCGUGGCCAACUACUUGGGCGCGGGCCGCCCCAAGGCCGCGCGCGUGCUGGGCUUCCUCGGCUUUGUGUGUACUGUGGGCACCGUCGUGACGCUGGCCAUCCUGACGUUCCUGCUGCGCGAGACGCUCUUCCGCCUGUACACGAACGACGACGCGCUGCUGCAGCUCUGCAUGCUGGUCCAGCCGAUCUUCAUCACGGGCUACAUGAUCGAGUCGGUGGAGAUUCUCGUGUCCUCGGUGCUGGCUGGUAUGGGCGAGGUCUCAGUGACGGCCUGGGUGAGCUCGCUCAGUGUGUGGUUCAUUGAGCUGCCCAUUGCGUACUUCGGUGGUGUUACGCUGGGCUUCGGCUUCUCGGCGCUGUGGUACGGCGUGUGCACAAUGGAGGUGCUCAAGCUUUCAAUCUUCGUGUACGUGCUGUCCCGCACGGACUGGGCCGAGAUGGCCGACCGUGCAGUGAAGACGAUGGAGGCGGCCAGUGACAGUGAUACGGGCGUCGAACAGGAGUCGCUGCAGUACGCCAUGGCCGAAGGUGCCAACACGCCUGGCAGCCUCGCGCCAGUCGUGCGCUCGCCGGCUCAAGGACUCAUGACCCCAUCUGGCCGACGACGCCAAUGGGACCAGAUCGAGGACGGCAGUCUGCUGCGCUCGCCCUUCUUCGGCCGCUCGCCGCGCCCUCGUACUUCGGACCCGUUCUCUCAGGCUUAG